GCAAAUAUGUAUAACAGAUUAACAAAACUUGCACAAUUUCAAAAAUAAUUCAAAUCCAAACAAUUUGGCGCUGCACUUUUAAUCAAAUUCGAAUCAGUUUGAUAAGGAAUAUAUCGCUCUUUCAAUAACAAUUAUGGAUACAUAUGGUGGCGAGGCGGUGACCAAGGAAGUGCUCGACAGCAAACCGGGACGCCUCCUGGUGGCAAGUGGCUGUUGCAAGGCUUGGAAGGAUUGCAGUCCCGAUGGCAACACGUAUGCGAUCUCAUUCAGGGAUCCGGUGACGUAUUUCUUUGGCAUCUUCGAUGGUCAUGGCAGCGAUGCGGUGUCUAGCUAUGCACACGAACAUCUGAUGGACGCAAUCCUCCAGCAUCCCGAUUACACGGUCAACGCCAACAUUGCGAACGCCCUCAAAAUGAGUUUCCUCGACAUUGACUAUCGCAUGAUGAUGGAGAAUGUGGGAGCUGAAGUUCCGCUCAGCGGCACCGCAGCCGUGCUGAUCAUCAUCCAGGGGGACACACUGUACUGCGCCAAUGUGGGCAACACCAAGGCCAUCGCCAGCAUCGGUGGCCACCUCCAGCUGCUGUCCAUGGAUCCAGAGACCGAGCGAGAUUCCGAGUCCGAGGCAUGCGAUCACAAUCCGAUUCUUUAUCGCAUGCUCGGCGACUUUGAGCUAAAGUCGGCCAACAGGAAUCCGGUGAGCGGUGAACUGUUCACCGCCAUGCCGAGUGUCGAGAGAUUCCACAUCAAUCACAACUGGGAGUUCAUGCUGCUCGCCUGCGAUGGCGUCUGGAGCACCAUGAGCGAUAUGGAAGUGCUGCGCUUUUGUCGCCAGCACAUCGCUAAGAACAUGCAGCCCAUGGACAUCAUCACCGAGCUCAUCAAUUACCUGCUCACUCACUGUGGCAACAAUAGACCCCAUUUGACCGGGGAUGUGACCGUCAUCAUCAUCUGCCUCCUGCAGGGCAGACCUUACAGUCAACUUGCUGUCCGCUGCCGAUUUCCGGGCGCCUAACAACUGACAAUCUGACGAUCUCUCAACUGUUGAUCUCGACUACAAAUAUUUGUACUCUUUUUUUUUUUGUAACCCACCCGUUGUGUAUUUUUAAUAAGACAACCUCCGUACACCAAA